GAUUCUUUAUUCAUUAAAAAUAAUCAAUAGAAUCAAUGAUUAUAAUAAUCAUUUCUACUUUCAUCCCAGGUAAGUUUAGUGAGUUAGUGGAAUAUGAACACCCCUACCAAAGAACAAAAUUGAGCUUCUCCAUAUACAAAGUUCACACCAGAUCUUCACUCCAGUGGCACAUCUAAGAUGCAGGGACUCUGAGGUCUGAGUGAGCUUGACAUCUUUCUCUUCCCUUUCCAACUGUGAUCUUUCUUCUUUGCAGGUGAUGUCUUAUGGCCACUAGAAACUGGACAGAAGUGACUGAAUUUGUCUUGCUGGGCUUGUCUAGCUGGCCCGAGAUGCAGCCAGUUAUUUUUGGUCUUGUCCUUGCCAUGUACCUGGUUGCAGUUAUGGGCAAUGCCCUAUUAGUAAUUGUUGCCCGCUCAGACCCCAAGCUUCAGACCCCCAUGUAUUUCCUGCUCAGCCAGCUUUCUUUUAUUGACAUAUUUCUGACAACCAUCACUGUUCCUCAGAUGCUGGUGCACACACUGUCUGUGCAUCGAACCAUCUCAUAUAACUGCUGCAUGAUCCAGCUGUUCUUCUUCAUGGCUGUGGGCAGCAUGGAAGGCCACUUGCUAGCUGCCAUGGCAUAUGACCGCUACGUUGCCAUCUGUGACCCCUUAAGAUACUCCACCAUUGUCAGCCAUCGCCUCUGUCUGUGCAUAACGUUGACCUCGUGGGUGGUUGUCAGCCUCAACAGCCUCCUUUAUAGUGUGUUGGUCUCCCGCUUAACCUUCUGUGGCAACCGGGUUACCCACUUCUUCUGUGACAUCACUCCCCUGCUGCAGCUCUCCUGCACCCGGCCAGUGGUCAAUGAAAUGUUAAUAUUCACUGAGGGUGUAGCUGUGGUGGUCAGCCCCUUCUUCUUCAUUUUGGGUUCCUAUGCCCGCAUUGGUGUUGCUAUAGCCCGCAUGCACUCAGUGGCUGCCCUGCGCAAAGCUCUGUCUACCUGCAGCUCCCACAUCCUGGUUGUGCUCCUUCUGUAUGGCUCUGUGAUCCACAUGUACCUCCGACCAUCCUCCAGCUACGACUUGGACCAGGAUCGUCAGGUCGCCAUCUUCUACACGGUCGUGACCCCUAUGCUAAAUCCACUGAUCUACAGCCUCAGGAACCAGGAGGUUAAAGGAGCUCUUCGAAGGCUUUUUAAGAAACUCUGCAUCUCAGGAAACUUCCAACCUGGCUCCCAGGCAGACAGGGAAUGGCAGCACAUCUCCUGAGCUCAAAGAGUUAAGACCUAAAUAGAUGGAGUAUAGCUUUACUAACUGAUAUGAAUCACAUUCCUGUGGAAUAAUCUUCCCUGUUGGCUCCUUCUUGGUUGGAUUUGGGAAAAAGAGCUUCUCUUGGCUGUUAGCCAGGCCCCAGCUGGGCAAGUGACCAACAUCAACCACGCUUCAGCACAAGGCCAGAUGGGAUAUCAGCAAUGUGAGUGAAAGGGGAUAGGAAGUAUGAGGGCAGAUGAGACGCUGGAUGAGGAAAUAAGGUGGUUUUAAUCUGGUUCUAAAGGAGAAUAACCAUAGUCCAAUGCUCAGUGUUCAAGGAUGGGAUGACAUGAUGUCAAAGCCCCUGUGAAAAUAACCAAAGCUCAAGCCAGAGUGCCAGAUCCAGUGAUUGUACAUCAGAUACCCAACGGCUAAGUUGAGACUUGGUGUGUUUGUGAGGCAAACAAGGACUGCACAAAGCAACAUGAAUCAUGGAGCCUUGAGACAACCACAGUGUGCUGUGGUCAUCAGGAAAUGUAUUUGCCUGGUGUUGUCAGUGUGGGUUUUGA